AUGCAGAAGUAUGUGAUAGGAAGAGUACACGGAAGAUGGGAAAAUUUCUUGCCUCCGGUACAGGGAGGAACAUUCAGGACGCUGGGAUUAAAGCACGUCAACGACGAAGCACUAUAUGCCGAAGAAGAUGUCAGCUCAUCUGGAAAAUCAACACCACCAUCACCAGUCUUUGAUACUGAAGAGACAGGAGAUGAAGUUCGUCUGAGGCGUGCAAGCAAUGAUAUACCUAUUUCUCGAGCUUCAUCCCUAUUCUCAUCAGAGCCGGAGCCGGGGAAAUUCAGAUCUGCGGAAGUAUCAACAGCCCACGCGAUAUCUUCAAAAUAUCCUCGUCUUGAUAAAAGGUCACAAGACGAGGUCGUCUCAAAGUACCGCCAGCUCGAUGAAAAAUUGCAGUCUGAAGGGCUCUAUGAGUGCCCAUAUGGCUCCUAUGCUGUUGAAUCUGUCCGAUACUUGAUUCUUUUCGUUCUCUUCUUGCCAUUUCUUCACUAUACCUAUUACGCUCUUUCGGGCCUUUUCCCCGGGUUACUCUGGCACCUGCUUGCAUUCACCGUUCACGAAGCCGGUAACAUAAGCAUAACCCAUGAAUUCCACACGGACAGCUGCAUCGGGAUUUUCAUUACAGAUUUCCUUGGUGGUCUUUCAGUCGGUUGGUGGAAGCGGAAUCACAACGUGCAUCACAUAGCAACCAACUCGCCUGAACAUGAUCCAGGCAUCCAGCACAUGCCAUUUUUCGCCAUCUCUUCUUAUGGUAGAAAAUUAACUAUGUAUAUGGGACGCAUAUAA